UUUAAAUCUACAGUUUGUAGAUGGGUGUAACCAACAUGUGACGCAGCACAGAGCUGUCAGGCUGCAUUUAUGACUGAAUCACAUGUUGUUCUGAUCAAAGUUCAAACUGAUUAAACUUAUCAGGAAGUGAAGCUCAGACAGUCGUUGCCUCUGAGAGCUGAAAUGGCGCAGAACAAUCAGCUGGACCAAGAAACCUUCUGUUGUUCGAUCUGUCUGGAUCUACUGAAGGAUCCGGUUACUACUACCUGUGGACACAGCUACUGUAUGAGCUGUAUUAAGUCACACUGGGAUGGAGAGGGUCAGAGGAAGAUCUACAGCUGCCCUCAGUGCAGACAGACCUUCAGACCGAGGCCUGUCCUGAAGAAAAACACCAUGUUAGCAGCUUUAGUGGAGCAGCUGAAGAAGACUGGACUCCAAGCUGCUCCUGCUGAUCACUGCUAUGCUGGACCUGAAGAUGUGGCCUGUGAUGUCUGCACUGGGAGGAAGCUGAAAGCCUUCAAGUCCUGUCUGCAGUGUCUGAUCUCUUACUGUGAGAAUCACCUCCAGCCUCACUUUGAAUCAACCAAGUUAAAGAAACACAAGCUGGUGGAGCCCUCGGAGAAGCUCCAGGAGAACAUCUGCUCUCGUCAUGAUGAGGUGAUGAAGAUAUUCUGCCGUACAGAUAAGAAGUAUAUCUGUUAUCUGUGCACUAUGGAGGAUCAUAAAGGCCACGACACAGUCCCAGCUGCAGCAGAAAGGACUGAGAGGCAGAGAGAGCUCGAGGUGAGUCGACUAAACAUCCAGCAGAGAAUCCAGGACAGAGAGCCUACAGACUCAUCCAGCAUCAAUAUCCGUCCUCAGAGAUACUUUGAGGAUGUGACAGCAGCUGUGUCAGAGCUCAGAGAUAAACUACAGGACAUCCUGAGGGACAAAUGGACAAACAUCUCACUGACAGGGACUGAAGUGGACGUUUUACUGCCACAACCAGAACCCAAGACCAGAGCUGAGUUCUUAAAAUAUUCACGUGAAAUCACUCUGGAUCCAAACACAGUAAACAUACAGCUGUUAUUAUCUGAGGGGAACAGAGUAGCAGAAAAUACAUAUCAAGGACAGUCUUAUUCUAGACACACAGACAGAUUCACUGAUGAUACUCAGGUCCUGAGUAGAGAGAGUCUGACUGGACGUUGUUACUGGGAGGUGGAGUGGAGAAGAGGAGGAUUGUUCACAGGAGUUAAUGUAGCAGUCGCAUACAAGAAUAUCAGGAGAGCAGGACGUGAAUCUGGAUUUGGACGUAAUGACAAAUCUUGGUCUUUAUAUUGUUGCAUUAACAGGUAUGAACUUUGGUUCAACAACAUUAAAACUCCCUUCUCAGGUCCUGAUUCCUCCAGAUUCGGAGUGUACCUGGAUCACAGAGCAGGUAUUCUGUCCUUCUACAGCGUCUCUGAAACCAUGACUCUCCUCCAGAGAGUCCAGACCACAUUCACUCAGCCUCUCUAUGCUGGACUUAAGGUUGGUUUUGGAUCGACAGUUGUGUUGUGUAAACUAAAAUAGACAGAAGUCAUUUCAGACUUCAUGUGUCAGAUAUUGUAAUUCUUCAUGUUUUUGUCUCCAUGUUUCUGAGCUGCUCAGAGAUCAGCUGACACGCUAAUAGUGAUAUUCAACACUUUAUUAACUUUAUGUAUGUGUUGUUGAUAUUAUCAGUUUCUUUAAAUUUGACUUUUUCCUGUGUGUUUUUAUCCAUGGAGGCUCUCACUGCUCAUCACCAUGUUUUUAACCUUCACUGACAUUUCUUCAGAUGAAAAUGUGAACUUCUCUUUGUUCUAAAUGUUAGUUUCAUGUUUGUAUUGAUGUAUUUGUGUCUGUUGUUUCUCAAACAGAGAAAACAGCAGAACUUCCUCCAUCACAGAUAUUUUGUUCUCAUCACUUUGUAAAUUCAUAAAGAAAUGUUCAAUCAAACUGUAAUGAUCAUGAUAAUAAUCAUUAAUGAUGUUCUUGUACAUAGCUGACAUUCUGGGUUAAACUAACUGACUGUGUGGAUGAAGUCAAUCUGAACAUGAAAUCAUUGAUCACACUUUACUGAUUGGAUGUGUUGACAAUCUGAAGCUUCAA